UCAUUGUUUGCAUGCUGUCGUCAUUAAAAUAUGAAAACCUAUAAAUGUUUUAGUGGUUUUCAUUAAAGAAGACACUGUUUUUCAAUCUGUGUGAUUUUGACAAACAUCAGAUCACAUUUGAUGGUGAUUUUAUGUACGUCUGUUUCCUUUCGGUAGCCAAAGUACUCCCAUAUCAGCGACUUCGUCUUUUUUGAGGGGGGGAAAAAAAGCUCAGGUGUAGUGUCACCGACAGACACAGGAAAGAGCAACAACCAGUGGGAGAGGGGUGAGCUCUGCCGCUCCAAGCCACGGAUUUCUCACUGCAUUUUUGGGACAUGAUAAAUAGCUAAUACGGUACUACAGUUUUCAUACCACGGUAAAGCUUGAAACCGGUAACCGGCACAUGCCUAGUCAGGUGUCAUUGAUAUUUGCAAUAUUGUUUCAACAUUGUUUCUUGUCAAAAAUUUCGAUUAUCAUCAACCAUGCUGAUGAUUUUGAUAGAAAAUCAACGUUUAUUCAACGUCGGUCUAUGCUAUCUGGGUAGGAAUCUGUGCAGCUCUGAUUUGGGGCUUUACCAGUAAAAAUACCCAGUAGGAUACUGAUGUACAGUAUUUACACACAGAGUUUCAAUAAAACCUCAUCUACUCUUCUGCUCUAUAUAAUUACACAAAGUGACUAAGUGAAGGCCUCAACAAAUUGAGCUUUAAAAUGCACUUAGAGACCACAAGGCUUCUCUGCUCAUUCAAAUCUAUUGCUUGUAAACAUCAGAGUGGUUAUUGAUUAAAAGUUAGGCUGCAGAUUAUAUCCUUAUAUAAUAUGAUCCUAGGAAAGGAUCAGGACUGUGGUUUGAAAAGGAUUUGAGCCAUCAUCAGAGUUAAUCACUUCCCAAAAGCUUUUACAAAGACGCUUUGAGUUAACCAGCCUGAUUAAGACUCAUCACUGGUUCAGAUUUACGACACCAUGCAAGACAGAGCUCUUGAGCAUACUUCAGACGCUAUAGAGAUAAAAAGCAAACACUGUUUGAGAUUGAAAGGUCAGGACAGUACAAAUUAAUUUCACCAUCAUCAAUUCAUUAUGUGUGGAUGAUAGCUGAAGUCUAUGAAAUUGAUUCCAUUUCCUUCGCCUAGUUUUUGUCUUAAGGUGCACCACCACAAAAUGUAGGCGCACCCACAUUUUUCAUUGCAUCACCUUAAAAGCCAUACUUUUAAUCACUCUCCAUACAGUAACACUAUCUAUUAUAUUUACUCUUGAAGCCUAGGACCUAGGCUUUAUGAUUUAAGUAUCUAAUGUAUCUAAUACAUCGAUAUCAUUCCAUAAUAAGCAAUCAAAACGGCAACAAGGGUCGAAAAGAUAAUUGACGGCAUGCUAGUCAGUUAGCCUGCUGUGUCCAUAAUUCUCGCGCUAGCGUUCAACUGCAAUGUAUGUCUUUUUUUGGCUUUCCGGUAACACCAUGAGCAAGACAGCGUGAUUUUAACGAGAUAUUAUCGGAUAUUUACCUUGUUUCGAUCCAAAAACUCCGUGUCACAUGUAUCACCGAGUGUCAAGACACAGCUGUGUCUUGGGGAUUUUAUGGGUAAAACACGGUAAUAUAACAAGGGUCGCGAUGCAGAAUUCACAGACAACAAGGAGUGGUCAAUUUUUCUUUGUUUGAGAUCAAUUUAUAAUCUAAAAUAUAAGGGAAAAUGCGACAGUAACAAAAAAAAAUAUACAAUUAAGCAAUAGUUAUGAGGUAGAUAUCCGUGACUUAUUCACACUCUUUUUUUCCAUUGUGACGUAAUUUGUUUAAAAGUUUAUAAUAUGCGAGUGAAUACUUUUUUAAAGUCAUUUUUAAACUAAAUAUUAGACAUCAAUUAAUGAUUCUUGGCUAAAAAGGAUAGACAUUUCAAAUAAUAAAUAUAUUAACUUACCUUCUUUUUAUGGCUGGGUUGAAACAAAAGCGGUUGCGCAAUAUCUGUAAACAGGGAUCUUCAGGGUAAAACGGUCAAAUUAAAAAUAGUCCAGGGACAUAAUGCGCCAUGAAACUGCUAUGGCAGCAUAUAGAUAUAUUGUUCUAUCAAACACAAAAGUUCUUUUGGCUUAAAAUACAGCAGUUUAUUUUAAAGAGGGGUGAAAAAGCAGAAACUGCUUUUUCAUGACAUGACAUGUCUUACGGCAGUCUUAUGACACCACUGUCAAAUAAAGUGUUACCUGUUAACACAAAAAAAUCAACAAAUAAACCACACUGGACUAUAAGCCACGGGAUUCAAAAUGACGGAAAAAAGUAGCGGCUUAUAGUCCAAAAUUACAGUAUUCUUUUCAUUGAAUACUUUUUUACUUGUACUUGAGUACAUUUUUGGGAUGGCUACUUUUACUUUUGUAAUAUUAUUUUGAAGUAACGCUACUCUUAUUUGAGUACAAUUCUGAAAUGCAGAGUCAGCAAUAAAAUUAACUUAGAAGAAUAUGUAUAAUAAUAAGUUGAAAAUUAGCAUUUUUUUGUUUCCCAUCAUUCUUGAGGGGAAUUCUAAACCAAGCUGCUUAGGACAGCUAUACUUUUCGCCAUGAUUGUCAUCCAUUAAAUAUGGUACGCCCGCCGGCGUCGUUCCAAUGUAGUUACCCCCGUCAAAAAUUGUAUCCCCUGGGCGGAGCCACUUGAUUUCCGUGUUUUGGUGAUGUAGUUAUCUAGAAGGUUGUAAACCUUUUAUAUUCAACACUGACACUCGAGGACGAAGGGCGCAUUUUCCUGAGCUCCAUUAUCUGUCUGUGAUAACUCAGGCGCCAGCUGGAAGGAAACUUUCCAAAUAUGCCUACUACAACAAGAAAAGGUGACAAGUCUGAAGACAAGGAAGAUUUUUCUAGGUCAAAAUUAUGAAAUGUACAAAAGGUAAAUAAUGUCUGGGUGGCAAUUCCAACUUGUAAACAAAACAGAGUGUACUCAAAACAAAGGAGGGUGAAAAAAUAAAAAAUAAAAUAAAAUAAAAAUAAAAAAAACAAAGGCGACUCUAAUGCAAACAGAACUCAUCCAGACAUCACAAGGACAGACAAUCUUAACGACAUGGAACUGGUCAAUUGGCCACUGAGUGCCCUUGCCAAGAUCUUACAAUGCGGCCAAAACCUGGACAACGCGCCUGCCUGGAUCGAAUCAACUGAAUAAACUAACCACUGAGUUAUGAACUAAUCUACUGGCUCUAAUCAACAUAAUGAGCACAUGGACACGAUCGACAUGGACUAUUGGGAAAAUGAACAAUCAAGGGGGAUGGUUAAAUUAAAAAAAAAAAAAAAAAAAAAAAAAGAACCUUGUAUUCACGACGCAAUCUGAAUGUCAAAAAUUGUUAUUCGAUAUUUUCUGCGUCCUAAGGUAUAAUGGGGACGGGUUUCAAUAAGCUUCGGCUUCUCUUGUCUGCCAUUUUCUUUUCGGGUUGAAUUAAUUGUAAACACAUAUAAAUGCUGUAUGUUUGUUGGAUUUGUCAUGCCUGAAGGGAAAAUAAAUAAAUUAAAAAAAAAAAAAAAAAAAAAAAACAUGGCCCAUCCAUUUAAAAAAAAAAAAAAAAAUCCUGUCGCAUAACAUAACAUACGUACUGAAUGGAAAAAAGGCAAUGUUUUACUGUAUGGAGUUUCUCCAAUGUAAUAAACGUCGAUGUCCAAAAUAUAUAACUGUGGUUCUUUUCUAGCUUCAAUUAAUUGUUUAAGUCGAUAUAACUCAUAACUAAUAUGUGUGUGUGCGCUCCCGUGGCCAGGGGACACAAUUUUGAUGGGCGUAACUAGAUUGGCUAGACACGGGUGGUGGCUCUGUUGUACAAUUAGCGUCUUUAGUGGGGCAAACUGAAACUCCGCUCACCAUUUUGGCGAUGCUCUCUGGCGUUUCAGGGUCCACAUUUUCAAUCCUUUGUUCUUGCUCAGUAGUUGUUGUUGCUUUUGAAAGCUUAGGUUUGAAAAAAUUACGUAUGCCCAUCUUGCUUCUUCGGUCCUAGGGUGGUUUUGGCUAAGCAAAGCAAAUGACCGUCUAAGGUGCUAGUCACAUGAUCUGUUCAAAAAAUAAUUUUGACCCAUUAUAAAAAUAUCUUUCUUUGUUCAUUUCAUCCAUUUUUGUUGUUUGUUUUAUUGCUUUACAGCUUUUAUCGACAAUAUUUUACCGUAAAAAAAUUCUUAAUUUUAGAAUCAUAUAUCGGAAAAUCAAUUACAUGCAAUGACCCUUGACGGCCACCAGGGGGAUCUGCCCCCCCCUUAAACUCCCCGUAUGACUCUACCCACCUCUGAUUACGUGCAAUGAUAUUUUUUCGGGGGGCAAUGCACCCCCCCCCCCCAAUUUCCGCCUAUGCCUUUAACCACAUUUUAAUUUAAUGUUGCGCCAUGAGAUUUUUCCCACGCAAGAUCAUUGCCUUGUCUAGAUAAAAACUGGGAAGAACUGGCCUAGUGCUUGCUAAUGCGGUAUUCAUAAUACCAAAGGGUCUCAGAUCUCGAUCCGCUAUAUAUGGUGGAAAACACUCAGGUGACUUGAAGUUCCGUUCUGAAACCCCCAAUUUGGCCAAAUUUCAAAAUUGGCUGAUAUGCAUGUAAAGCUUAAAAUCUCCAUUUUCUAGGGGAAGAAAAAUUUUUAACAGGAGGGCAUUUUAAAAGGGAAAAAAAACGUUUUUCAAACAGCAAAACCCUAUCUGGAGGUGAGAGCACGUGAAAGCAGAAUUACAGACGCCAUGACUUUAACAAGAUAUUAUCGCGUACUUACCUUGUUUCGAUCCGAAAACUCCCAUCUCGCAUGUAUCACUGAGUGUCAAGACACAGCUGUUAAUGGCCACAGCUAGAUUUUGGGGGAUUUUAUGGGUGAAACAUGGCAAUAUAACAAGGGUCGCGAUGCAGAAAUCGCAGACAUCAAAGAAUGGGCGAGAUUUUCUUUUUCACAUAUUUACCCUUUUAAAUGUUUUUUUUCCCAUUUUUCUUUGGAUCGAUUAUUUAUCAUCUAACAUAUCGGAUAAAAUGCGAAAGUAACAAAAAAAAUACAAUUAAGAAAUAGUUAUGAGGUAGACAUCUGUGACUUUUUUACGGACACCAUUUUUUUUCAUUCAUUUGUUUAAAAUAUGCGAGUGAAUAUUUUUUUAAAAAUAUAUAUUUUAUUUUUUUAUGAAAUAUUACACAUCAAUUAAUGAUUCUAAGCUAAAAAUGACAUUUUGAAUAAUAAUGACUUACCUUCUUUUUAUGUCUGGGUUGAAACAAAAGCGGUUGCGCGACGUCUGUAAACGGGGGUUUCCAGGGUAAUACGGGCAAAUUAAAAAUAGUUCGGGGGCUGAAUGCGCCAUGAAUCUGCCAUAUAGACAUAUUGUUCUAUCAAACAUAACAGUUGUUUUGGAUUAAAAGACAGCAGUUUCUUUUAAAGAGGAGUGCAAGAGCAGAAACUGCUUUUUCAGUCUUGUCUGUGUUUUCCGCCAUAUGUAAAAAGAUUUAUGAUAACACAUAACUAUUGUUGUGAAUUGGGUCUAAAAUAAAUCUGAAUGAGCGUGCGCCAGCGUACGCGCAGAGAGGCGGAGCCUUUGUAUCCCCCCUCGAGUAUCGAUAGCCUGGCUGGCUGGAACAAAGGGUCUUGAAGUCGUAUUAGCAGCAGCAACAGCAGCAGAAGAAGAAACAGUAUUCGAAGAUAGGAACUAACGCACGCGUACGCUAAUGCAAAAUUAUUCCAAAUAAAAGAAAAUUAUUCGCAAAUGAUUAAGUGUUAACAAGUUGUCGCUUGGUGGUUUUAGUUUUCUCACCCGGUCGGCGUCUUAUGUGUUGGGACCGUACAAGUGCUUUCCCAAGCGACGGAGCUUGGAGCCUUCGCCGCCCAGCCUCUCCGGUUAGCAUCGACGCUAGCUGGCUUGAAGCAACACCACAUUUCGGUGGCCUUUUCUCUACAGGCUGUUCGUCAAAGUCAUUCAAGCUGUACUCUCCGAAGGAACCCCCAAACGGUGGCAGCUUUCCCCCUUUCCACCCAGGCGCUAUGCUGGAUCGAGAUGUGGGGCCCACACCCAUGUAUCCCCCAUCAUAUAUGGAACCGGGAAUGGGGAGACCCACACCGUAUGGAAACCAGACAGACUAUCGCAUGUAUGAGCUGAACAAAAGGCUACAGAAUUGGACCGAGGAUUGUGACAAUUUGUGGUGGGACGCUUUCACCACAGAGUUCUUUGAGGACGACGCAAUGCUCACCAUAACCUUCUGUCUGGAAGAUGGUCCCAAACGAUACACAAUUGGAAGGACAUUGAUUCCCAGAUAUUUUCGGAGCAUCUUUGAGGGUGGUGCUACAGAGCUCUUUUAUAACUUGAAGCAUCCAAAAGAGUCCUUCCACAGCAACUUUGUCUCUCUUGAUUGUGACCAAUGCACCAUGGUCACCCAGAAUGGCAAACCUAUGUUCACACAGGUUUGUGUGGAAGGCCGUCUGUACCUAGAAUUCAUGUUUGAUGACAUGAUGAGAAUCAAGACGUGGCACUUCAGUAUCAGACAACACAGAGAGGUCCUCCCGAGGAGCAUCCUAGCCAUGCAUGAUCCUCAGAUGCUGGAUCAGCUGGCUAAAAAUAUCACCAGAUGUGGGCUGUCCAACUCCACACUCAACUACCUCCGUCUAUGUGUGAUAUUGGAGCCCAUGCAAGAAUUGAUGUCAAGACACAAGACUUACAGUUUGAGCCCCCGAGACUGCCUGAAGACGUGCCUCUUUCAAAAGUGGCAGAGAAUGGUAGCACCCCCAGCCGAGCCUGCAAGACAAGCACCUAACAAGCGACGGAAAAGGAAAGUGUCGGGCGGCAGCACGGUGAGCUCGGGAGGGGGCGGCAAUAACAACAGCAACAGCAAAAAGAAGAGUCCAGCCAACAGCUUCUCCCUCUCUAACCAGGACCUGGUUGGAACAAAAACCUGUACUGUGCCGGAUCUCGAGGACCGGAGUUGAGAACCACUACGCAAUCUCAAACUGCUCCAGCACACACAUUCAAAUACACACACAUACAUCCACGCAACAUUUGGGUACAGCAGGAUGGUGGUACGCUGCAUGUCUGGACCAGAUUCGACAGAAGUGUUUUCGUUUUCUAUCUUUUUUAAUGUAAAAGAAAAAAGAAAAAAACCUGAAAUAUUCUUUGCACUGUUUUCACAAUUCUAGUCUAUUUUUCUUACUUGUGUUUUUUUCUUUUCCUCAUUAUUGCUGAUGUAAGAAGUGUAAUCCAUCUAAACCUUGCGGUAUAUUCACGUAUAAAUAUUUGCUGUUAGAACCUUCUUGUGAUGGUAAUAAUGUGAGUUGUUAUAGAAUCCUCCAUCUUGUGUCUCACUGUCAAGGCCAGUGAUUUGAAUGCUCUUCUAAUAUAGUGGAUGGCGCGGGAGGGGAUCCUUUGGCUAAUGGGAUGUAAUUUUUAAUUAAAAAAAAAAAAAAAAAGACCGGGACAUAGACUUCAUAAUAUAUUGACGGCUCAGAUAGGUCAUGCACUGCGCCUCCCAUUCAAGUAGGGGGCAACCGACAUCAAGAGGAGCUAUUCACAAACACGCACGCUGUGAUCUAACGCCGAAUUUCUAUUGAAAAAGUAUGAAAGCUGUACCGCAUACAAACAGGAAUGAUUGUCUCAGGAGUGAUUUGUUCGAGGAUUCAAGGUAAUUAUUAUAUUUUUCGUACCAUGCAUGCAUUUUGAAACGUUAAAAAAAAUCAAUGGUAGAAAUCAGCUGGUACUGCAUUGGGAUCAUAGUUUUCAAUAUUUACGUAAAAUAAAUGCUAAAUGCACAUAUUUUUGCUUUCAACCAAGAAUCGAGACGGUUUUACGUCGAUAUCUAUAAAGAAUUCGGGGAUUUAAGCAUUUCUGCACAAGAAUUUUCACCGGAAAAGCUCUGUACAUCAGACGCCGCUAGUUACAUUCACAAACAGACUAGCAUUGUACUUCGACAUAUUUACGUGAAAUAAA